CGUAGGAGUCUCUGGGGCGCUUGGAGCGACAGAAGCAAAGGCAAUCCAGUGCCUCGUGUUCUUCUUCUUUUUUUUUAACCUCUGACUAUGCAAUUCUGAAACCUCCCCCAUACGGGGGACCAGACAGCUUGAUAGACAGACACCUUCCACUCUCCUUGCUCCCGCCCUGGUCUCGAGAACCGAAGGAUCUCUCUCCCCAACGCCUUUCACCAUUAAGAGGAAAGCGAUGGAGGAGCUCAGCGCUGACGAGAUUCGGCGGAGGCGUCUGGCGCGACUUGCUGGUGGACAGACUUCCCAGCCAACUACCCCACUUACCUCUCCCCAGAGGGAGAACCCUCCUGGGCCUCCAAUAGCAGCAUCAGCUCCAGGCCCUUCCCAGAGUCUUGGUCUCAAUGUCCACAACAUGACCCCAGCUACCUCCCCGAUAGGUGCAGCAGGAGUCGCCCAUCGGAGCCAGAGCAGUGAGGGAGUUAGUUCUCUCAGCAGCUCACCUUCCAACAGCCUUGAGACGCAAUCUCAGUCCCUCUCACGUUCCCAGAGCAUGGAUAUCGACGGUGUCUCUUGUGAGAAAAGCAUGUCCCAGGUGGAUGUGGAUUCAGGAAUUGAAAAUAUGGAGGUUGAUGAAAACGACCGAAGAGAAAAAAGGAGCCUCAGCGACAAGGAGCUUUCUUCAGGCCCUGAAGUAUCCGAAGAGCAGGCCUUACAGCUGGUCUGUAAGAUCUUUCGUGUCUCUUGGAAGGACCGGGACAGAGAUGUCAUCUUUCUUUCUUCUCUUUCUGCUCAGUUUAAGCAGAACCCAAAGGAAGUGUUCUCUGACUUUAAGGAUUUGAUUGGCCAGAUUUUAAUGGAAGUGCUAAUGAUGUCCACUCAGACUCGAGAUGAAAAUCCAUUUGCCAGUCUGACAGCCACGUCACAGCCCAUUGCAGCUGCAGCGCGGUCACCAGAUAGAAAUCUCAUGUUGAACACUGGCUCCAAUUCGGGAACAAGCCCCAUGUUCUGCAACUUGGGAUCCUUCAGUGCCAGCUCAUUAUCUAGCCUCUAUGAAACUAGCCCAGCUCCCACUUCCAGUUUCUGGAGCUCUGUGCCAGUGCUGAGUCCAUCUUUUGCCUCACCUCCCCGUGCAGCCAGCCACAUGGCUGUGUCUUCCACCUCCCUCAGUCCUCAUAGUGUGGCUUCUGGACCUGCUGCGGGAAGCCAGCCCUCGUCCCCGCGCUAUCGGCCCUAUACUGUCACACAUCCAGGGGGGUCUUCUCCCUGCCCUGUCCCACGGUCCUCAGGCACUUCCACUCUAUCUGGAGCCCCAAAUCUCCCUGCCUUUGCAAGUAGCCCCCAAGCUGUGCCUGCCAGCAAUUCCAGACAGAGGCCCAGCAGCGUGGGCCCAGCUCUCUCACCUGCCUCACCCCGUGCUGCAAGCAGACGGCCCUCCUCCCUGCGGAUCUCUCCUAGUUUGGGAGCCUCUGGUGGAGCAAGUAAUUGGGAUUCCUACAGUGACCAUUUCACCAUUGAAACCUGCAAGGAGACAGAUAUGCUGAACUACCUCAUCGAAUGCUUUGACCGAGUUGGAAUAGAAGAAAAAAAAGCACCAAAGAUGUGCAGCCAGCCAGCAGUCAGCCAGCUCCUGAGCAACAUCCGCUCACAAUGCAUAUCGCACACCGCAUUAGUACUCCAAGGUUCCCUAACACAGCCUAGAUCCAUGCAGCAGCCGUCCUUCCUUGUGCCCUACAUGCUGUGCAGGAAUCUCCCAUACGGCUUUAUUCAAGAACUGGUGAGGACCACUCAUCAGGAUGAAGAAGUGUUCAAGCAGAUCUUUAUUCCCAUUUUACAAGGCCUGGCUCUUGCUGCCAAAGAGUGCUCACUUGAUAGUGACUACUUUAAAUACCCUCUUAUGGCAUUAGGUGAACUCUGUGAAACUAAGUUUGGAAAGACACACCCUGUGUGUAAUUUGGUUGCCUCUUUGCCCUUGUGGUUGCCGAAGUCCUUAAGCCCUGGCUCCGGGAGGGAGCUGCAGAGACUGUCUUACCUGGGGGCCUUCUUUAGCUUCUCAGUCUUUGCAGAAGAUGAUGCUAAAGUGGUAGAAAAAUAUUUCUCAGGUCCUGCCAUUACCCUGGAAAACACCCGUGUGGUCAGCCAAUCACUACAGCAUUACUUGGAGUUGGGAAGGCAAGAGCUUUUCAAGAUUCUGCAUAGCGUUCUGUUGAAUGGUGAAACCCGUGAAGCUGCCCUGGGUUACAUGGCAGCUGUCGUCAAUGCCAAUAUAAAGAAAGCACAGAUGCAGACAGAUGAUAGAUUGGUAUCUACAGAUGGAUUUAUGCUCAAUUUCCUUUGGGUACUACAGCAGCUAAGUACAAAAAUCAAGUUAGAAACAGUUGAUCCCACAUAUAUAUUCCACCCAAGAUGUCGGAUUACACUCCCCAAUGAUGAGACGCGAGUGAAUGCAACAAUGGAGGAUGUGAACGACUGGCUGAGUGAACUUUAUGGAGACCAGCCUCCAUUUUCUGAGCCAAAAUUCCCCACAGAAUGCUUCUUUCUCACCCUACAUGCCCACCACCUCUCUAUUCUGCCCAGUUGUCGUCGCUACAUCCGCAGACUCCGCGCCAUCCGGGAGCUGAAUAGGACUGUAGAAGAUUUGAAAAAUAAUGAAAGCCAGUGGAAAGAUUCUCCCCUGGCAACUAGACAUCGUGAAAUGUUGAAACGCUGUAAAACUCAGCUGAAGAAACUGGUACGGUGCAAGGCCUGUGCUGACGCUGGCUUACUUGACGAGAGCUUCCUGAGAAGAUGUCUGAAUUUUUAUGGCCUUCUCAUUCAGCUGCUGCUCCGCAUCCUGGACCCUGCAUACCCCGACAUAACACUGCCUUUAAAUUCAGAUGUCCCCAAGGUAUUUGCAGCGUUGCCUGAGUUUUAUGUAGAAGAUGUUGCUGAAUUUUUAUUUUUUAUUGUUCAAUACUCUCCUCAGGUGCUUUAUGAGCCCUGUACUCAGGAUAUUGUGAUGUUCCUCGUUGUGAUGUUGUGCAACCAGAACUACAUCCGGAAUCCAUACCUAGUGGCCAAACUGGUAGAAGUUAUGUUUAUGACCAACCCUGCUGUCCAGCCACGAACCCAGAAAUUUUUUGAGAUGAUUGAGAACCAUCCUCUCUCUACCAAGUUACUGGUACCUUCUCUGAUGAAGUUCUAUACAGACGUGGAGCACACUGGAGCUACCAGCGAGUUCUAUGACAAGUUCACAAUCCGCUAUCACAUUAGUACCAUUUUUAAAAGCCUUUGGCAAAACAUUGCUCACCAUGGCACCUUUAUGGAAGAGUUCAAUUCUGGGAAGCAGUUCGUGCGCUACAUAAACAUGUUGAUAAACGAUACGACGUUUUUGCUCGAUGAAAGUCUGGAGUCGCUGAAGCGGAUCCAUGAAGUGCAAGAAGAGAUGAAGAACAAAGAGCAGUGGGACCAGCUGCCUCGGGAUCAGCAGCAGGCCCGGCAGUCUCAGCUUGCUCAGGAUGAGCGCGUUUCACGCUCUUACCUCGCGUUGGCAACAGAAACCGUGGAUAUGUUCCACAUCCUCACGAAGCAGGUCCAGAAGCCAUUCCUCAGACCAGAACUUGGACCCCGAUUGGCUGCGAUGCUGAACUUUAAUCUACAGCAGCUCUGUGGCCCCAAGUGUCGUGACUUGAAGGUGGAGAACCCAGAGAAGUAUGGCUUUGAACCCAAGAAGCUGUUGGACCAACUGACAGAUAUUUACCUGCAGCUGGACUGUGCUCGGUUUGCGAAGGCCAUUGCCGACGACCAGAGAUCCUACAGCAAGGAACUGUUUGAAGAAGUAAUUUCCAAGAUGCGGAAGGCAGGGAUUAAAUCCACAAUAGCAAUAGAGAAGUUUAAGCUUCUUGCCGAGAAAGUAGAGGAGAUAGUGGCCAAGAACGCCCGGGCAGAAAUCGACUACAGUGAUGCUCCGGAUGAGUUUAGAGACCCUCUGAUGGACACCCUGAUGACUGACCCCGUGCGGCUGCCCUCUGGCACCAUCAUGGACCGCUCCAUCAUCCUGCGGCACCUGCUGAACUCUCCCACUGACCCCUUCAACCGCCAGACACUGACAGAGAGCAUGCUGGAACCAGUGCCAGAACUGAAAGAACAGAUCCAGGCAUGGAUGAGAGAGAAGCAGAGCAGCGAUCACUAAGCCAUCCCUCGCCACUGCUUCUGGAAGCAAGGCCAGCAGGGCAGAUACAGGCAGCGUCUGCAGUGAAGCUGCUGCUCAAGCCUUGGCAACCACACAUUGCCAGACCCAGAGUGACCAAACAGCAGAGAUCUGAAGGCACAUGGAGAGACGAGCCCGACUCCUGUACAUAUAUUUAAGUGACAAACACAGUGAAAAGCUUGGGGACGGGUUAGGAUUGCCUGUGUAAUAAAGCACGUCCUUCACACGUCACAAUGGAAGUCUUAGUGAUGAGAAGUGGGCGGGGCAGCUUCCCCUUCAUCUUUUGUUUUUGUUUUGUUUUGUUUUUGUUUUUAAAUCCAGUAUCCAUUGAUUUGAUUGUGAUUAGAGAACUUGGACCUUUUGCUGCUAAAGAAUCUCCACCCUCCCCCCCCCCCUCCUUGCCCGACUUGCACUGCUCUGGAUUUUUUAAAGAGAAGCAAAAACAAAAACAAACUCCUUUCCCUGGCCCUCCAAACCAUAUAUUCUGUGAGAUAACUGUGCCUGCAACAAAGUGUUAAUCCUGGGAUCGUAUUUUUAUAUCAUAUUCACAUAUUUGUUUUUUUAAUUGGUGUUAGAUGACAUGAUUAAUAAAAAAGGCAAGAUAUUUUCAGAAUUUGAAUUUCAGUUUUUUUUUUCUUUUAAAAUGUCCCUUUAAAAUUUUUUUAUUGUAAAAAAAAAAAAAAAAUGAAGAGAAUCCUGUUGCUCUGGUCCUUCUAACAAGCCCUGAAUUAGGAAUCCAAGCGACAGGUGCAGCCAUGGAGUGGCUUCAGUAUCAGGACUUGUGUGACUUGGGGUUGGGGAGGGUGAGGGUUGGGUUUUUUAAUGCUAUGUGACAGUUCUAAACCUUUACCAUUCUCCUCUGAGGGUAAAUCAAUUCCUCAACCCAGGGUUCAUUUGUAUGACAUGUUCUUUGGGGUUUGGCCUUACCAAAGCAAAAAAGAGGUACAAGAAAUGUGGAAGUAUGUCUGCCUGUUGAACACCCAGACACACAGCCACGUGAGCAUAAGACGCUCGCUCGUUUUGUAUUACUGCUCUCCACGCGACAGACUUGAGUUCUUGAAUUUCCUCUGGGGUAAAAAAGGAUUUGAAACCAUAAAGUGUUUUGAAGAAAUUAAAUCUACAAAAACAUACUUUCUUUUUUCUUUUCCUUUUUUUCCCCUCCACAGACAAUGUCUUUCUCUGUUCAAUUCCUAACGCAAACUACAAUAAAUGGUGAUACGCAGUCGGAAGGAA